AGUUUCACUUCUCAGUGAUAGCUUACAGGAAGUACAAGCUGCGUCUGAAUCAACGGCAGUGAAACGGUGGAGACGUUUGUUCAGAUGUACGACAUCAGGAGCUGACUUUCAACUUCGCAACUACACUGCGUCCUGCAGUAACUCAGGGGACCCAGAAAUAUGCUUCCAUCCAUGAUAACAGUGCUCAUGCUGAUUCCUUUUACCUGUGGACAAAACCCUGCAAUACAAGUCAUUCUGACCAACAAAGGACUUCAGUACGGAAAGCAUGCAGGUGCAGGAUGGAUUCAGGAUAAGUUGGAGCUUGUCACUUUCCCUGACAUCAGCGGUGAAAUCGGCUUGAGCAUCCUUGGUAGCAUUUACUACACAUUAACAGGCAUCACCAUAACAAAGUGCGACCUACCAGAGCCAUCUGUCGAGUUCUAUCAGGACGUUACAGGAUUCAAGACAUCGAUUUCAGGCUUAAGUGUCGCACUAUCUGGCAACUGGUUGACAAACUUUGGCAUAAUACACGACGGGGGAUCAUUUGACAUGGCUAUAUUUAAUGUGGAUUUGACCUCUGUAGUGACGCUGGGGAAAGAUCCUGAUGGGCAUCUGUCUGUCACCAGCGUAAGCUGUGAUGCUCAAGUUGGAGAUGUGGACGUCCAAUUCCAUGGUGGAGCCAGUUGGAUGUUCCAGCCUUUAGUGAAACAUUUCAAGGGGCACAUCAGAGGUGAAAUAGAGGACAAAAUCUGCCCUUGUGUGGAGGAAUACAUUGUAAUCUUGGAGGACUACCUACAGGUCAUGAACGUUUCCUUUGAUGUGGAUCAAGACCUUACUCUGGACCUCCCUCUCACCGGCUUACCCGUUAUUGAUGCUUCAAAUCUGAAUCUGGGUUUUAAGGGAGAAUUCUACUUUAUCAAAACUCACACAGACCCUCCCUUUGAGUCCAAGCCUUUCACCGUACCUGAGCAGCCAGGCCACAUGUUGUCAGUGGGUCUGUCUGAAUUCACUCUGAAUUCUGCCUCAUAUGGAUACUACUCAGCUGGACUGCUUCAGCUCCUCAUCAAUGAUAGCAUGAUACCCCCAGGCUGUCCUCUGCACCUAAAUACCAGCGCAAUGGGGCCUUUCAUUCCUCAGCUCCCCAAGAUCUUUCCAGGUCUGCUGAUGAAUCUGCAGGCUUAUGCCAGAGAGGUUCCAAUGUUUUCCUUCCAGCCAGGUGCUGUUAAACUGGACCUCCAGUGCGCUGUCAAGGCUUUUGCCAUCCAGCCAAAUGGGACCCAAACCCCACUGUUCAAACUCAAUGUUGACUUGAACUUCAGCGGUAAAGCGUGGAUUGCUGAUGGAAGACUGAAGGGCAACAUCUUAAAGAACAAUCUUACAAUGACGCUGGUGUCGAGCGAAGUGGGCACCUUUUCGACUGAUCCUUUGGAAAACCUUGCGAAGAUGGGAUCGAGGGUAAUCUUGGCAAAACUGAACGAGAAACUGGCCGUGGGUGUUAUUUUACCCAGAAUGAGACAAGCACAGCUGGUCAACACAGUUCUGGAAGUGGAUGAGGGAUUUAUAGCCAUCUCUUCAGAUGCUGAGGUGCUACCAGACAGAGGCUUCGACUGACAACCUGGCCUGUUUAACUCUGGCACAUGGGUGCACUUCAUCUCAGUUCAGAUUCUUAAACUUUAAACCAGUGAACAAACUGGAUGUGUAUCUGACACCACAUGACAAAAGCACUAGCGUGUAAAAAGGUACAGCUACAUAUACACUGGACUGUAAAUGUUUAACACACCUGCCUACACAGUAGAUAAUCAACAUUUCUGUACUCGUGAUUUACCAUUUCAGUUUUCAACCUGCAGCUCAACUUUUCAAAUGUUUAUAACAUGGAGGUGUACAGCCUAAAAUUUGAUCUUUUGUUGACAGAAUAAUGUAAAGAUGUUUUGUUUUUUAAUGCAUUCACACUAUUAUUAAUCUAAAAAUUGUAAAACCUAGCUGAGUAAAGGGGUUAAAAAUCUUAACUGAACUUGUUUUUGUUUUUUUCCCCCCAUUUUACAAAUCUCUACUAAAAGAUGUGGCCUUUGAAUCCA